AUGGCUGGAGUAGGCACUCCAGGUCUACGCUCCGUACAGGAGUGCCGUCAAGACGACAACCUUGUACACCUUCAGUUUGGUGUUCAGUUGAAGGCCGUGGCCAUUCUACACAGAGGCCUGAAGCUGGCUGAAAGUCCGGCCGGCUUUGGAGAGGUGACGGGCAACUUCAUCGUCGAUGUCUGCGCUGAGUGUGUGGGCUUCCUAGGUAAACGAAGCUGUUCACUGUUUUGAGUUAGUUGCGGUUGACAGUGAUUCGAGGAGUGCAAUAUUGCGUAUGUGGUGACGGCUGGUGCAUGACCAUCGUUUUGCCGGUAUUGAUGAUCAGGUCGAAGUGAAUGCAGCCGGAGGCGUAGAGAUCCUUACUCCGUUGCACUCCUUCUUCGGUCAUGGAUUUGAGUGCACACUCGUCGGUAGAGAGCAGCUGGUGAGCGACAUUGUCCAUGUCGGUAAUCCCGCGGAGACGUCAGAAUCCAAAUGGCCUUUUGGCAGUAGGUCCUGUUCAGAUGAUUGGGGAGAAGGCAAAUGAAGCUCUUCCUAGCACUGCUGAGCAGCGAGAUGACUCUGCGGUUGUCACAGAGUUGCCGAAUCCGUUUGGGCUUGCAGAGAUGAAUGAUGGUCGCGUCCGUGAAAUCCAGAGGGACCUAUCUUUGUCGCCACAUUUUCUGGAAGAGAGUUGGGAAGUGAUCCAUCAGCCAACGACCACCCUGAUCGUAUAUUUCAGCUGGGAUCGCACCGGAGCCUGGAGCGUUCCCGCUGGAGAGUUGGCGCGCAGCGCGAACGGUUUCUGUAGAGGAGGGCGGAGGUCCUGGUCGAUGUUGAUUUUCACUAGAGGGAGGCCGUCGAUAGCGGCAUCGAAGAGUGUUGAAGAGCGGUUGAAUGCUCUUCUGAGGUGCUCGGCCCAGCGCUUCAGAAUUUGCGAAUUCUCCGUUAAAAGCGUUUAGCUAUUGAAGCUGAGAAGUGGCGUUUCCCUUCUUCGGUGUACCAUAUAUCCCCUUGAUCGCAGCGAAGAAAUCCUUUGAUUUGCUGCGGUCGGCGUUUUCCUAGACCUCCUCAGUUUUGCGAGUCAUCCGGGCGUCCUACGUUUCUCGCGAUCGCUGCUGCCCAGGGCGAUAGCCUUCGUAGAAAGCCGCCUUGUUUGCAUCGGUUGGACAGUCAAGGUAGGCUCUAUGCAGCCUUUUCUUUUCAGCGAGCGUUUUCGACAGCGUUUUCGUAGAACUAGUCCUGGAGAUGACGAAAUGCGCUACCGAGGACACCCACGGUGGUCGAAUGGACGGCGUCCCGCAGUUGGCAUCAUCGAGUCUCUGCGUUGGCGUUGACUUCCGUGGCUGGCAUAUCUUCCAGGUACUGAGCUGACUGAUUGUUGAAGUGCAAACGGUGAGCAGGCAAACUUGACAGAACAGUAUCCAACUUACCUGGUGUUCUCUUAGCUUGUGGCCCCCUGCAGUGUUGCAGACGGAACCUUAUCUUGAAGACGACGAGGUGAUGAUCUAUCCAAUCACGGGCGUCGAAGAUCGCCUUGGUUACCAUCACCUCCUGUCGGUCGCGCCGGCGAGGGGGGACGUAGUCCAGCGGCUGUCAGCAUCCCUUCAACAUCGCCAGAUGAAAGGUGCUAGUCAACAGCAGUCAGUGUUUUGUGCAGGUUCGCGAGAGCUUGAAACCAUUGUCGUUGCAGCCAUCGAUGCCGUGAGGACCAUGCUCUCCUCUCCCGACGCGCGCCAUCAUCCCGUUGUGGGGCUGACGUACCGUGUGUGUGAAUCACUAAGUGCAGCCGAAAUUCUGCACGGCUUUUCAAAGGUCAUCGUCACCCCCCUUGUGGACGGCAUACGUCGGAUCCCAACACAUGUUUAGGGCAUUUUUUCUAGCCCUGUCCCCCUGGGGAGGGGGGGGGUGGGGGUGACCAGUGCUGUCUCCAAAUAGGACUGCCCAGACAUCGCAGACGGCUGCCGGACGUCGCCUAUGGGAUUGUAUGUCAGCAUGUCCGUGGAACUUUUUGAAUUGGGUGGGAAGGGAUUGAGGAGAGAUGGGGUGGAGGAAAGGCGGAUGAAAAGGCGGAUGGAAAGGAAAACAGGGUUACCGGGUGUGUGGACACAACUCUCACCUGGUUUAGCUCACCGGUCGUAGCGGUUACCGGGGUGUGGCCACUAGACAGGGCUUAGGUUUGAGGUCACGUCUGAGAGUAAUGUGCCAGUUAAUGGACGCUAGGCCUAGCCAAACCCUACAAUAAGGUGAAGCCAUCUACUACGAGCUUCGUGUGGACGCAAAACUGGACACCCCUUCAACCUUACCCUAGACAUAACACACGAACGUGGGCGUGUCGAAAGUGGGAGCAGACGCGAGGGUUCCUAAUAGUCGAUUAGACGAAGAUUUCCGUAAUAAAAUCUCGGGGAAGACAGAUUAUGUUGGACUUGCUUUACUGACGCUAAGGAACGUACGGGGUCUCAGCAAGCAGUUGCCGUAGGUUCUCUCUUUCGGCUUUUUUGUCGGUGUCAGCCUUUGAGGGGCUUAGCCCCGAGCGCAGUUGCGCACCUUUGCUCUGUCUGGGUUACGUCCACCUAUAGACAAUCAGCGAAGGAAAACGUUACUUGUCUUUGAGGUCUGGCGAAACUAAUGACAGGCCGCGAGCAGUCCCAGCAGCAGAUCGACAGGGUGGACAGACGGUCAGCAUGACAAAGUGCCGGCGAUCAAGGUAUUGGAGUGCCACAGACUCCCUUUCUCGCUUACCCACCGGACAGACAGCCUCAACUUUACGUCGAAGUCAACUGGUCAUGUUCGGCCUGCGGCCCAACGUACUGAUCCUGAUACUGCCUUAAUUUACCGUAAUUCUUCUCAAAAAUCCAUAAACACAGAGAGUGUUAGGUGGAGGGAACCAUUUAAAGCCCACGCCUGCUGCUGUACCAAUAAAAUUACUUAGUUAUUGAAAAAGAUAUUUUAUUCCUGCAGAUUCCUCGUCAAAGCAGCUGCGACCGAUGUUCUUGGAUGCCUAAUCGGACUUAUUUUCUUGGAUCACCAUGUGAAAUUGCACAAUUGCGACUGAUGAUAAAAGGAGCGAGCAGUACGCAUGCGUUUUUCGUAGUCGCAACUUCGCUUCGCCAUUUAUCUCGCUCCUGUACUGCAUUUGCAUCCUUUAACUCCUCUUCGUCCUCCCGUUCCGUGCCCGUGCAAUUCAUGGCUUCCUACUUUCGCGCAAGUGCAUCGGCCUGAAUAUUACUGGCCCUUCUCAGAUUUAGGUCCGCGGAUGUGAGUUAUAUUUUAGGGAUGAUCGUCUCCCUCUCAGAAUGUGUGGAGGUAGAACCCCAACAACGUAAAGGGGUCACUCCUGCUGUUAAUGCCACCAAUCGUACUUGGAUCUGCCCCUGGAACGCUCCCCUGUCCUCCCACUCCGACUGCAGUAGUAGUUUUGGUCCACAAUUAUUUCAUGAAUUUGGAGAGCCUACUGAAAAUCCGAAAACCCACAUAACGCCGUAUCAGUCAGAGGGUAAAUCCCGAGGGUCGAACCAGUGGCACCAUACACAGUCUCCUUCUGGCUUUUACCAAAGAUAACCAUGGACAAGGCUGGCAUGUUUGCAUACCCUUCUGCGGUCUAUCAAAUCGAGGUUUCGUUCAUAAAUCCACCGGUCGCAUUCUCUCCUAGCUUCAGAGUGGCCGCGAAUUACGAUUUCCGGCUGACCUUUAUCACCCUCUACUUGCCCCCCGAAACCAUGCCAACUAGCGACUACGACUCAGCCAGCCUGAUUUGGCACGUGAUACUGGCGAUCCUAGCUAAAUUUCAUUGCUACUGACAGGACCCUCACGUCCUUCUAGACGCUCUUUCUCUAAGAAUCUUCACCCUCAAUGACGGCACUCAACCCCGACUACCCUCAUUUACGCCGUACUUUGCUAGAGUUGGAACUUACCAUGGCCGAUAUCCGGUAAGCACAUCCGACUCAGUACUCUACUUUAUUUGGGAUCAACAGUUUUCAUUAGUAAUCAAGAUCACUAUUCCCACAUCCAUAGAUGACAACGGCGUUGAGAAGGGUGCUGAAGCCUAAGAGGGUGGUUCGAUAAUAGUUCAGGACACUGUCUCAGGUCUUUUUGCUUUUUUUGUUUUGCUCGGAGCUUGGGAAAGAGAAAUUUAUGUAGAUAUCGAACCUUUAAGUACGCGUGUGUAACUUCAAACCGUCAGAAUUUCAACAAGAAAUAUUAUGCAGUCAUUUAUCUGUUUUAUACAGCUGGCCUUUGAAAGUAAGUAAGUAACCUUUCUUACCACUCCCGACUCAUCUACUCUGCCCCCCUCAAACUCGAGUCAGUUUGGAUCGAAUGAAUUUGUACCUCGGGAUAAUGAGCUCUCCCACAACGAAACCAGAGGAAAUAACCAUCUGCCAUGAAGGGAAAACUGUUGACUAACAAGUUUGUUUAACCUUAGCACGCCCCCAUUCUUUGCAUAUUAGAGAAUGGAUGCCAUUCAGCUUUCACUUAGUGGGCUGGUUGGGUGAUUCCAGGGUUUGAGAGCGCUUGCAGUUAGCUGGACUCGAAGUUGAAUAUUCGCACGUUCCAUACGCUCGAGCGCCGUGAUUACGUCGUACCUAUCCGACUUAUGUGGCAGGGGCAGGAGGCUGUGCACACUUUAUGCGCUAUAUAUUUCCUAGCAGGCACCGAUCACUGAGAGUGGCUGACAGCGGGGCCAACGAUGGAAUGGUUACAUUGGUUCAGUGCAUAUACAGUGUGAAAAACCUACCGAUUGUGGCAGAAGCUGCUCUGGCUGGAUUAGGUAGGGGGUGUAGGCGUGACCUCGUCAGCGUGUGCCGAUGAUUUGGCCCCAUGGUGUGAGGGGCAGGACGUGUCUACCAGUGUAUUCUACUGAAUGCUGGACCAGACAAAAAACUCAGUGAAUAGCUCCACUGUUGGCCGGACUCGAAGUUGAGAUAGUUAGCAGAUUCUGGCCCCCUCUCGGCCGCCAAAUUCAUUCAAAUGGUCAACCGUCUGAGUGAGGUGCAUGACUUCGCCAUGGUCUCACUUGUUCACUUUCAGUUGCCUCUGCUUAUCUCCCAUCUCCUCUCUUGGACUUGAAGUCUCAGCUUGUGGAGCCCAUUCACGAUUUAGCUUUUCCCCAGCAGCAGAUAACCUCUCCUUCUUCGUGGAGCCCACCGAGGCCCUCUACUCGAAAAGUCCAGCUUAAUCCUUCAUCUCGCCCCAUCGUGGCAGCCAUCUGA